UACAGUCUCUCUCCGUACGCGCGGGAGUCGAUAGUGCUAGUUGAAACGAGAGGUUUUCUGGGCCUGUCUGUGUUGCUGAAGGCUGGAAACAUGGCACACGAAUUCAGACCUGGAGAUCUCAUCUUUGCAAAGAUGAAGGGUUAUCCCCAUUGGCCAGCAAGGAUUGAUGAGGUUCCGGAUGGUGCUGUCAAACCAUCCAAUGUGAAGUUUCCCAUCUUCUUCUUUGGUACCCAUGAAACAGCGUUCCUCGGCCCUCGAGACAUCUAUCCAUACUUGCCCAACAAAGACAAGUAUGGGAAGCCAAAUAAGAGGAAAGGCUUCAAUGAGGGGCUGUGGGAAAUUGAAAACAACCCAACAGUGGAGCUGGGUGGACCAAAGCAGAUGAUGUCCGCUGAGUCACUGGAAGACAAAGACUCCAACAUCAGCACCGAGAGAGAGGAUGAAAGUGAUGGUGGUGAUAAAGAAAGGAAGGUGUCUGGCAGUGAAGCGGGUCAGGAGGAGGAGGAGGAGGAGGAGGAGGAAGGGCAGAUGGAGUUGUCAGGGCAGGGGCCCCUGUUUGAGGAAGGUUCUACAGACACCCCACCCAAGCCCAAAAGAAGACGAAUGACAAAGGGGGAAGCAGAUCAGGACUCCGAACAGAAGGGUGUCAACAUUCAUUCAUCAAGCCCACCUGGUGGAGAUGCACCAAAGCGGCGAGGCAGAAAGUCCAAAGCUGAGAAACUGCUCCUCCUGCAACAGCAAGCAUCACACGAGGCCAAUGGAUCAGACAGUGACAUGGAAACGGAAGAUCCCAAACGGAAGCGAGGAUUUGAUGACAAAAGCAAACGCCAAGAGGAGGAUGACGUGAAGGUGGAAAGCCGGAAGAGAAAAGAAGAGUCAAAGAAGGAGCCAGAGGGAAAGCGGAAGAAAAAAGCCAAAGAGGAGAGCUCAUCUGACUCAGAGGAUGAGAAAAACAGUGGAACGAUUAGAAAGCGCAAAUCACUGAAACUUCAGCAGAAUACCACAGACUCUGAAAAAGACGAUCGCCGCCGCAAAGCAGACGACACCAAAGAAUUAGGAAAAGAAGAUGGCAAGAAGGAUGAACAUAAAGGAGACAAAAGAAAAGAAAUAUCUACUGAACAUCGUCUUCAUAGACUGCUUGGAGAAAUCAAGAUGUCUUUAAAGAUAGACAAUCAGGAUGUGAAAAGAUGCUUGGGUGCUUUGGAUGAGCUGAGUUCAUUACAUGUCAACCCCCAGCACCUCGUGAAGAACUGUGAGCUUAUAGCCACGCUUAAAAUGAUUCGCAGGUUUAAGGCCAGCCAGGACGUCAUGGACAAAGCUAGCAUGCUGUAUAAUAAGUUCAAGACCAUAUUCCUUGAGGGGGAGGGGAACUCUGUGUUGAGCCAGGUGCUCAACAAAUCCCUGGCGGAGCAGAGGCAGUUUGAAGAGGCCAAGAAAGAAGUGUUGAAGAAGGCUGAGCAAGCCAAAGUCAAUCGAAAGGAGGGCCAGGAUGUGAGUGAUGAAUCCGUUCCAGAGGUGAAGCAGCCCGAGUCUGAGCAGAGUAAAGCAUCUGAAGAGGCCCAAACCACAGAGGAAGGUGCUCCAGUACCCCAGCAGGAAAGUAGUUGAAACAAACUACUUCUGGUGUGUUGAAGAGGAUCUUCAGAGAUGCUCCUAGCGCCAUGUAGCAGAGUAAUCUGCUUGAACAUGCCUUACCGUGCCUUCAUAUCAGAAAUACCCAAUAGUUCUCUUGCUUUGCACGUUUCUGUAAGGGGACAGAGAUACGUCAACAAAACGUUUGCUGAGGUUAAGACAUUGGACAUAAAUUAAUGGGAGAUACAUUUCGAUACAUUUCUUACUCACCUCUCCUGCUCUGAUCUAAUUAAGUCCUCUCCCUUCCCAAAAUAACCCUGAUGGCAAUUGAGUGUCAGACCAUUUUGUGUGAAGAUGUUUUGCGUGUCUGUCACAUAAGUGAUGCGCGUGCCUUUCCGGCUCAGAGACAUUGAGAAUGUGUUAUGUAUAGUAUGUCGCUAAGCCGACUUUGUAUGUAGCCUACUUUGCUGUUUCGGAGUUAUUAACAAACUGGUGAACUCGCAAACUGCAGCUCAUUCAAAUGUGCCCGUGUGCUAACUCUCAAUCACUAUCCUAAAUAUAAAUACAGUCAUACCACACCAAAAAAACAAAAAACAACGUGAAGCAAGUGAACUAUCAAACUUUCUUGAUCUGAAUACACCCAUACUGUACAUUCCCAGAGGAGUUCAAAAAGAGGCAACAUAGGGGAUUUUUAACAUUCUGAAGUGUCCAUGUAAGAUUCAUUUGUGAGGAGGAGGUGCGUGCUUGACCUGGCUGUCACUAGAUUAAUCUGUUCCGCCUUGCUGGUUGCCUUGCUAGGUCUGCGAAAGUGUGGUUUUAUUUUUUAAAAAUCAUGUGAUUGGGGAAACCACUUGUCUGACAUUUUUACGAUGUGCUACUGUAACUGCUCACAGAAUCAAAAUAACAGUUGACAUAACAGAAUCGAGUGAGUCCAUGCGAGCGACCAUUGUUGUGUGAAAUAGCUCUCGCGUUUCAUUUAUUCUACCCUUCUCGACUACGUUUACACUUUGUCUACGUCACAUCUCUGAAAAUCCUGCGAUCCUCAUUGGUCCGCCUGCAUGGCGAUUGGGGAGCAGGGCGAAUCCAAACAUCCUCCAGACCCUUGUGUAAGCUCAAGAGCGUCUGACAAGAGCCAGAUAAAUGCAUGCUGCCCAUCAUUCAAAGUAGUAGCCACACAAACAUUUAACCAUUUCACUGCUUUUCACAAUUUUGUUCAUCUCAGAAUGGUAGGGGAUAACUGGUUGGGCGAGUGUUAGCAAGAUAGCAUACUAAUUCUGAAGGAGAUGCCAGUAAUGCUAUGGCUAUACUAUACUUUGGUUAGCACAUGUUGGUAGAAUCGAUUAUUUCUUCACACUCCUUUGGUAUGUGGGUGGUUGACAUGACAUGACUUUUUUUUUUUGGUCUAAUGUGUCAAAGCUAAGUAACCUUGACCUAUUUCAUAACCUGAAUCAUUUUAACUAAAUGUGUAAAUGAUCAUAUUUUCAGCAUAUUGUGUGCCACCAUGCUAUCCGGUGUGACAUUGAGAAUUUAACUAGAAAUGCACUCAGAAUGCAGACCUCCGCCAGGGAAGCUGUUUAAUAGAACAUUUGACUGUUACACCCUAUUUUUUCUUCCUGCCUUCUUUUUGUGGAGUUUGAAACUGGAAUGUCAAAAUUCGCCCUAUCCCGCAAUAGGUAUUAUGAAAUUAAUAAAAAACAUAUUGAAAAAUAAUUAGUAAGCCUGUGUAUAUGGGAGCUGAUAAAGUAAAAUAAUGCAAGAUUUAAGAUAUUUAUAGGCUACAUAAAAAUGUGACUCCUUAAUUGAGUAAUAAUAAAGAAUCGUGACGAAUUGAUUUAUAUGAUAAUCAUCGCCCUUUAUAAUUUAAUACACAAUAACAUUCCUGUCACAGUAUUAUAUAUAAUUCAAUAAACUGAUUAAUAAAUUACCCUUUUUAAACAAAACUCUGAACAAUAUACAUUUGGAAAUGUGAGAGUUGCUAGAAUAUAACCUAGUAAUUUUUAUUACUAAAAUUUGAGGCUUUCAUUUUUUUUUCAGCCAAAUAUAUGUCAACCACCUACAUACAGUUUAUUUUUGUAUGCAUUAUACUUCAAAAUACCACAAAAUCCUGUAUGUUACCUUUAAGCCUUUAAGUGUAAGAGAAAGUUUUAUCGCUCUUAAAGGUUUUGCAUACCUUUUCUCCUCUCUGUGCCUUUUUUUUUGUUUUAUUGGGGGAAUAUGCCUAACAUCACAGACAUAGUUGGGGGUGAUGUGGUUGACUUUCUGUAAAGUGUUUGAGAAAAAUCCACACAUUCCUUGUAUGUAUAUGCCUCAUUUAUAUGGUCACUGCAUUUCAAAUUUGUUUCCUAUGGCAUUCAGCGGCUUAACAAGACCAGUAAGUUGAAUGUCAUGUGGAUUAGUAAAUACUAUGACAAAUUUAACAUGUGAAGUAACACCUCUGUUUUCAUUUACUGUAAAUAAGAGUGUUUUUUUUUUAAGCCUGUCUUACAAUGUUACCGUUUUGUUCUCAAUAAAGCAGCAAAACACACUUGAA